GAAUUAAUUUUAUAUUUAAUUACAUUUUAAUAAUAAUCAGAAUUUAAACGAAUUAAUUACAAAAAUAAAUUGCAAAUAGUGUUUUUAAAUAUUUUGUUUGAAUUUUAUAAGGAAAGUUGCUUAUUUGUAUUUCAAAUAAAAGAUUAAGAUAUUAAUGAUAUUGUAAUUAAAUUAUGUGUAAUUUAAUAAAUUUUCUAAGACAUGGUCCAAAUAAAAGAUCACACAUAAAAAAGUCAUAAGAAUUUAAUUUAAUAAAUUAGAUAUUGCAAAAGCUUUUAUUUUAAAUAUAAUAUAAUAUAUACUGAAUUUUUUAACGUUUUUAAUUUUGCAUUCACACUUGUUUUUAGUUUCAUUAUAAUUACAUUUUAAAUUAGAAAUAAUUUUAUAAGUUUAAUGAAAGGUUAUAUAAAUAUUACAUAUGAAAGUUAAAAUAGUUAACCCACCAUUUUAACAUCUUUCGCAUUAUUUCUAAUUUUAACCCUUUUUUUAACACAUCAUAUUGAUAAUUCCUAAAAUAUAGGUAAAUGGGCACGAUUUUUUUAUAUUUUAAAGUGCUAAUACAUUUAAUAUAUAACAUAUUAAUAAUUAAAAAAAUAUUCUGUCUGAUUUUCUGUUUAAAUGUUGUAUAUUAAAUGAUUAAUAUAAAAUAUAACAUAAAACAUGUUAAACAAAUGGUCUUACAAUGACUUUUAAACAGUAGAUAAAAAAUAGGACCCUAAAUUAAUAGAUUAGAUGUUACUACAAGAAAACACAAAUUUAGCGAGGAAACUUAACAAGGAAAACUAACCCUUGUAAAUUUACGUCGACUUUACGAAGAACUUACGAGGAAAUAUAAAAUCAGCGUUAUUUCCUCGUAAAAUAACGACGAAAUCAUUUCCUCGUAAAGUCAAAAUAAUGUCACAUGGCUUUUACGAGGAAAUACGCUUUCCUCGUAAACUCUUCGUAAAUAUAGCGUGUACUUUACGAGGAAAUAUUUUAACUCUACUUAGCGAUGAAAUUUUGAAUCCACCAACUUUGUAGUUGUAACACGUUUUUUCGGCCACCUAACUAAAUUUCGUCGUAAAUUCCUAGAAAAAUCACAACUACCAAAUUCGAAAAUUUCCUAUAAAUAUGGACGUGUGAACAUCAUUUUAAACACACCAACAAUAAAAAAAACGUGAAAGAAAAAAAAUGUCGGGCUUCGGGAAUAUUUUUGAGUUGCGGAGGUGGAUAUAUAUGCAUAGAGAUGCUAACAGGAGAGUGACGAAAGAAUACCUUGCGGGGCUGGAGACAUUUAUGCAUCGAGCAGAUUCCACACCGCUCGCCCAAGAAAGUGGUAAGAUGUUAUGUCUUUGUCGAGAAUGCAAUAAUUCGAAAUUAGCAAAUCGUGAAAAUGUUUUGAAGCAUUUAAUAUAUAGAGGUUUCACGCCAAAUUACUAUAUCUGGUUUCAACAUGGAGAAUAUUAUAAUUAUGAUCAGAAUGAAGCUAGUAGUAGUAAUAACAAUUUUCAGGAAGAACCGGUUGAUCAUCAUUUGCAUAAUGAACUUAGUUACCAUCAGGAGGAGCAGAUGGUAGAUUAUGAUAGGGUUCAUGAUAUGGUAGCUGAUGCAUUCGUAACUCAUGAUGAAGAUGAAGAACCUAAUAUAGAUGCAAAAAAGUUUUAUGAAAUGUUAAAUGCGGCGAAUCAACCAUUUUACAGUGGUUGUAGAGAAGGUCUCUCUAAAUUGUCGUUGGCUGCUAGAAUAAUGAAUAUUAAAACUGAUCAUAAUCUGCCUGAAAAUUGCAUGAAUGAAUGGGCAGACUUGUUUAAAGAGUAUUUACCGGAAGACAAUAUGUCUGCUGAUUCUUAUUAUGAGACUCAGAAACUCGUUUAUAGUCUUGGGUUGCCUUCGAAAAUGAUAGAUGUUUGCAUCUACAACUGCAUGAUCAACUGGGGAGAUGAUAAAAAGUUAGAAGAAUGUCGAUUCUGCAAGAAGCCACGAUUCAAGCCGCAAGGACGGGAACAUAAUAGGGUACCGUACCAAAGGAUGUGGUACCUACCAAUUACAGACAGAUUGAAAAGAUUGUACCAAUCAGAGCAGACUGCUGGAAAGAUGAGAUGGCAUGCCGAGUAUACUCAGACGGAUGGUGAGAUAACUCAUCCAUCAGAUGCAAGAGCCUGGAAACAUUUUAACAAAGUACAUCUAGAUAUCACUAGCAAUACCCGAAAUGUGUAUCUCAGAUUAUGCACAUAUGGAUUUAGUCCAUUCAGAAUGUCAGGGAGACAAUAUUUAUUGUGGCCAGUCUUUCUUAUGCCAUAUAACCUUCCACCGGAGAUGUGCAUGCAACGGGAGUUGCUAUUCUUGACCAUAUUAAUACCUGGUCUGAACCAUCCAAAAAGGUCUCUGGAUGUUUUCCUACAACCACUGAUAAAAGAGUUGACGGAUUUGUGGUCAACAGGGGUGAUGACGUAUGACUGCUCAACGAAGACGAAUUUUACGAUGCUACUUUUGUGGACCACAAGUGACUUUCCUGCCUAUGGGAUGUUGUCUGGAUGGACUACACAUUGGAGAUUAGCUUGUCCAUAUUGUAAUGGAACGACAUAUGCGUUUCAACUGAAGAAUGGUAGGAAGACAAGUUGGUUCGAUUGUCACCGUCGAUUUCUUCCCAUUGGCCAUCCGUACCGAAGAAACAAGAAAUUGUUUAGGCACAAAAGGGUUGUGAGAGACACUCCUCCUCCAUAUCUAACUGGAGAACAAAUUGAAGCGAAAAUCGACUACUACGGAGCUAACGAAACAGUUUGUUGUGGUGGUUGCAUGUUCCUCGUAAUAUGCAUGAUUCUUACGGUGUUCAUCACAACUGGCAUGAAAAGAGUAUAUUUUGGGAGUUGUCAUAUUGAAAGGAUCUUCUUCUGCGCCACAACCUCAAUGUGAUGCAUAUAGAGAAGAAUUUCUUUGAGAACAUCAUGAAUACAAUAUUGGAUGUCCCAAGGAAGACAAAAGACAACAUAAAAUCGAGGUUGGACUUGCCGGAUAUUUGCUCAAGAAGUGAGUUACAUAUAAAAAGCAAUGGACAAGUUCCCGUUUCGAUAUUCAGAUUGUCUUUAGAAAAAAAGUCGGUGUUGUUCAACUGGGUGGCAUCAGAAGUGAAAUUCUCCGAUGGGUAUGUUUCGAAUCUCUCUAGAUGUGUUGAAAAGGCUCAAAAUUUCUCCGGGAUGAAGAGUCAUGAUUGUCAUGUCUUUAUACAACAACUACUUCCCUUUGCAUUUGCGGAGCUACUUCCAACAAUUGUACAUGAAGCACUUGCAGGUAGAAUAUUAUAACGCAGUAAUUUUAUAAUGGUUUAGUUUGCAAUAAUAUAUGAUUAAUAAUGUGUGUAAUUGUUUUUGGAAUAUACAAGGCAUUGGAGCAUUUUUCAGAGAUCUGAGCACACACACUCUUAAAGAAGAAGUAGUGGAACAGCUUCAGGAGAACAUUCCCAUCUUAUUGUGCAACUUGGAGAAGAUAUUUCCUCUGGGAUUUUUUGACCUCAUGGAGCAUCUAGCUGUCCACCUCCCAAAUGAGGCAUUGCUUUGUGGACCUGUACAUUAUGGAUAUAUGUAUCAGUAUGAGCGAGCCAUGAAAUAUUUGAAGUGAAAAGCAAAGAACCUCGCAAAAAUUAAAGAUUCUAUAAUUGCUGGAAGUUUGAUAGAAGAAACUUCUAACUUCACAUCGUACUACUUUGCGUCAAAAGUACGUACCCGGAAAAGAGCUCCAAGAAGAUAUGAUGAUGGUGGUGCCGCGCCAACAUAUGCAGUUGCUGGUGUUCCAGACAUCUUUAGCCAGAUUGGACGACUCGGUAGGAAAUCAAAAAAGGUUUGGUGAUCGAGUGAAGAAGACGCUCAUAGUGCACACACCUAUAUUCUACUCAAUUGCGAAGAUCCAUUGAUGCGUUAUUUUGAAAGGUAACAUAUAUGGACACUUCUAAACACAUAUAAGUAUAAAUUAUAUAAUUACCAAAGAUUAAUUAAUAUAAAAUGUGAUUUUACAGCCUAUUUGUUUCUCAAGUCGAAGAAACAUUCCUAGGUAUAUCCACAAGUGACAUAGACAAAAGGAAAGAUCAACACUUGCAAAAUGAAUUAAUUUCUAUGUUUUCUUUAUUUUUGCAGGUACAACAAAUUCGAGCCUUUCAUCUUAGAUUCACAAGCAGACCAAGUUAGCUUCCUUCCAUACCCCUGGAUGAGAGAAUCAUGAAUAAAUUGGUCAGCCGUGAUCAAAGUUACACCUCGAGGACGAAUCAUCAAUGGAGAAGAACCACCAUUGCAAGAAGAACAUAUAAAUGAAGUCGAAGAACCUGAACAAGAAAUUGAUAACAUCCUUCUCAUUGAUCCGCAUAAUCAUGAGUGAUCUUACCGACGAUGCCACAGACGAAGCUGUUGAAGACGAGUUUAAUGAAAAUGAUGAUGUUUCUAGUGAUGACGAGAAUGUCGAUGUAUCCGAUUGAUGUAUUUGUUUUUAAUAAGAUAGAUUUUCAGACUUAAUGCAUGUGAUUUGAUAGAUUUAAUCAUGAAAAACUAUUUAUAUAAUUUGAUUUUGUGUAAGGUAAUGGGAGUUUGUAUUAGAAAUAAGAGAUUAAUUGAGAUUAUAAGUUAAGGAAUUGUGGUUUUAAAAUUUGGGGUUUGGAAUGGAAAGAAUAGAUUGAGGUUAAAGGGAAGAUGGGUUUGGAGUUUGGAAUAUAUGAAGUAGAAGAUAAGGAAGAUGGGGUUAGGGGUUUUGGAUUUUAGAGAUUUAAACAUAAUCCUCGUAAUUUCCUCGUAAAAUAACGAGGAAAUAACGACGAAAUUAAAAAAUAAAGAACGCGGGACUCGUUAAUUCCACGUAAGCAGAAAUCAUCGUAAACACCUCGUAACCGGAAAACGCAGGCCUUGCUAUUUCCUCGUAGAAUAAAAACAAGCGGCCUCGCUAAUUCCUCGUAAAUUAACGACCAAUUAGGGACUGCCGUUGUAAUAUUUGAAAAAAGAAGAGAAGAAAGAUACUGGAAACACAGGUGGAAAGAAACAAAGCGAGACCUACGUAAGUCUAGCGAGACCUACGUAAGUCUAUAGCGAAACCUACGUAAGUCUACCCUUGUCUACGCCCACAUGUGUUCCAGUAUUUUCUUCUCCUUCUUUUUUUUCAAAUCUUUCUAAUUUGAGAAGCAAACUGGUGAGUAAUUAUCUCCGAUUUGAGAAGCAAAUUAGUGAGUUUAUCUUUGAUUUGAGAAGCAAACUGGUGAGUAUUUAUAGGAAAUUUAGAAAGGUUUUACGACCAAUUAGCUUCGUCUCAUUCCUUGUAAACAAAAAAGCGGGCCUCGCUAAUUUCUCGUAAAUGAACGAGGACGUUACGAGGAAACCAAACACGGGCCUCGCAAGUUCCUCGUUAAAGGGAAGAUGGGCUUGGGGUUUGGAAUAUAUGAAGUAGAAGAUAAGGAAGAUGGGGUUUAGGGUUUGGAAUAUGUGAAGUAGAAGUUACAGAAGAUGGGAUUUGGGGUUUCGGAUUUUAGGAAUUUAAACAUAAUCCUUGCUAUUUCCUCGUAAAAUAAUGAGAAAUUAACGACGAAAUUAAAAAAUAAAGAACGCGGGCCUCGUUAAUUUCUUUUUUUUUGGCCUCGUUAAUUUCACGUAAGCAGAAAUCGUCGUAAAGACCUCGUAAUAGGAAAACGCGGGCCUCGCUAAUUCCUCUUAGAAUAAAAACACGGGCCUCUGUAAUUCCUCGUUAAUCAACAAGGACAUUACGUGGAAACAAAACGCGGGCCUCGCUAAUUCCUCGUAAAGAAAAACACGGGCCUCGCUAGUUCCUCCUAACUUUACGAGGAAAUUACGACGAUUACUAAUUUCUUAUAUAUACACGCGAGCUUCUCACUUCCAUUUCGUCUCCACUUCCUCUCUUUUUCGUAACAAUGGUACGUACUCUCUCUAUUUCCUCUCUAGUUUGAUUAGUUUAGGAUAGAUUAGGUGGUUAGUGUAGGGAAUUUAGAUAGGUUUACUGAUUUUAUGUUAAUUAGUGUUGAUUAGGUGGUUAAUGUAGGGAAUUUAGCUAGAUUUAUAGAAUUUGUUAUUUAUAGAAUUUGUUAAUUACUGUUGAUGUUAAUUUUAAAAAUAAAAUUUUUUUUGUCCAGACGGUUCAAAAGAACAGACUUACUCCCCAUUACAGAGAGAUGUUCGGUGAGCCUGGUAGUCGUUUAGACCCGUCUUCUUCAGCUCCCGGUUCUUCUUCAGCUCCCGGUUCUUCGGGUCCGGCGACUGUCCCCGAAACUCAGUCUUCUCAGAGUCUCUCGGUCGCCUUCUUCUAGUGCACCAUCGAUUCCUCAUGUGCCUCCUCCGAUGGUUCCUCCAAUGAUGCCUCCUCCGAUGGCUCCUCCGAUGCCCGCCGAUAUUCAUCCCGAUUUGAUGGUGCCUCCGAGUGCUCCUUACUUGCAGUACACUGUCGAGGACCUUCUCGGUCAGCCAAGCAGAGAAGGUUUACCAAUCAUAGACCCCGACCGACCGGACAGAACUUUGUGGUUUGGCGUUGACGGAUAUCUUGCAUCGGACGUAACCGACACGAUUAAAGGUUACUUCUCAAUGGCACAUCUGAACUGGAAAAAGACGCCGAUCUACGUCAGAAAGACGUGGUUCAAAAUUUACGCUGUAAGUUACUAUUAAUUAAUUAUAUAUACUUUAAUUUUUUCAUGAUUUAUAUAUAUAUAUUUUUAAACUAAUUAUUAAUUUAAUUUUUUUUACAGCAAAAAUAUUAUUGGUCCAUGGGGGUCGAUGAGAGGGUCAAGAAAGCGUUUUACGCGAAGGCGAAAGUUUGCUUGUUGGACACGGUCUCUAACUGGAAGAGUGACUGGAUCGUGAAGGGGUAUGAGCGUGGCAAACCCGCUGAGCUCACCACGGAUGUGUGGGAUGGCCUCAUCCGUUAUUGGCGGGAUCCUAACGCCAUUAGAAUCGCCCAGUCUUGCUCUGCCUCCCGUAACACGGUAGAUGAGCACGGCCACGGACCGAUGCUUCACUCUACGGGCCAAAAACUCCACGCUGGUGUCCGUUUGGAAAUAUUUAAUUAAUUUUUUAAUAUAUAUAUAUAUAUAUAUAUAUAUAUUCUAACUUUCUUAAUUUUUUUAGGCCAAAGAGACGGGACUAUUCCCGUCUCUUUUGCAACUUUACGAGAGGACCCACAAGAACAAGGUGGGCCAAUUUCUAGAUGGCAAGUCCGAGAAAAUCUUCAACGACUUGGUUUCUCAGGUUGAUGACCGCCAGACCCAGCUGACCCAGCAGUCCACCGACGGAUUACCCGUCACCUUAUCCACACUUGAAGUGGAUAGGAUUUACGAGGAGGUAAAUUUUUAAAAAUUUUAAUUUUUUUUAUUAUUCACAUAAUUUAACUUUAAAUUUUUACUAACAAUAUUUAUUUUUUGUUUUUAAGGUUGUCCCUAAGAAAAAGGGACAUACGUUGGGGAUUAGUUCUGUCAACGAUGUUCCGAGAGCGUCAUAGCGGCCACAAAUCCAGAAUGGGAGUCCUUGUUGAGGAACAUGCGACGACAAAAUCCCAUUCCAGGCGAGUCAUCAUCCGACACACAUGCCGAAGCAGAUGUAGAGAGGAGGAGUGAUGAAUUCUACCGGGCGAUGAACGACUCUUAGUUCUUUUUUUCGGUUGUUGUAUUAUAUAAAUUCAAAACUUAUUUAUAUAUAAAAUAUUUUCCUAUUGAUUUUUUU